AUGUCGAACGUUCCCCGAUCCUUCGUCUCCUCUUCCGCUUCCGCCCCUCCCGCACGCGAGGUGGCUUCAGCAGGGUCCUCCGCCCCUGUUGGAGCACCUAGUGGCCCUCGUGCAAUGCGCGAGGGACCACCUCGCGGAGCACCCCUCGGGCCUCGUGCCCUUUCUUCCAUGCCGGCCACUCGGCCCGGUCCCUCUUCUUCUUCUUCUUCUUCUUCUUCUUCUUCUUCUCUUCUCCGCCCCCAGUCGCAGGUCACUGCACUGGGUGGCAACAACAACAGCAACCGAGGGCAAGCUACGCCAGAAGUAGCCACCGGUAAGGGCAGUGUCAAACACUUGACCUGUCACUUUUGGCGGACCUCAGGCACCUGUAAAAAGGGUGUUUCCUGCGGUUACGCCCACUGGGAUACGGGCAAGGAUGCACAAGUCCCUGUAAGGCUAUAUCCCAAUGCCCCUGCUUUGGCGGGGAGAAACCUGGAGGCAGAAGCCGCCAGGUUGCGGAGGGAUGCGGCCGCCGGUGCGAUGGCAGCACGCCAGAGUGCUGUCACAGGUGGGCGCCAGGGGCGCGUUGAGGAAGACCGGGAGCGCCAGCGUCAACCCGUGCCAAUGACACCUGGCCCAGUGGUCGCCAAUAGGCAACCACAGGGACAGGUGUUGGGAGCACAGCGGGAUUGGCGCCCGGCUGCCGUGACCCGGUCGUUGUUGGGAGAGGGUGGUGCUGGUGGUGCUGGUGGUGCGGGCGUCGGUGCGGGCGCUAGUCAGGUCUCCAUGAAGGAGCCUGGCUUGGAAGAUUACCCUGAGACGGUCCAGGGUGUGCUCCGGUCCAUGGACCCGGAGAUUUGCAGAGACUUUACACGUCGUGGCUAA